GCGGGAAACAACAAAAGAAAAGUAAUAUCACAACUCCAAAACUCUCUGCAUUAUUAUCCUUCUGAAGAAUCUACAUUUUAUCACCUCCAUUUACCCAAAUCAUGGAAUUCCCAUUUGAACAUCACAAUCGUCAUCGUAGAGAACAAGAAGAAGAGGAAUAUCGUCAUCAACCACCACCACCACCAUCAUACAGAAGUGAACAACAAGAUGAAUAUGGUUAUGGACCACCACCACCACCAUCAUACACAAGUGAACACAAACAACAUCACCAUGAAAGACCUCCUCCACACAACGAGAGAUUUGAGGAAAGACCUCCACAUUAUGAAAGAUUUGGUGAAGCACCUCCACCACCACCAGGACAAGAAUUUGGAUAUGGGGGACACACUCAAUCUCCUGGUUAUCCAUCAGUAGUUCAACAUGUUUCACAUGAGCAUCAAAGUUUUGAACAAAACCCAUCUGAUGAAUUCCGCCAUGAAAGUUUCGGGAAUCAUCGUCGCCCACCUAGUCAUGAAUAUGAUGGUAGUAGCCAGGGUUCAGCUGGUAUGCCUGACAUUCAUAACAAACGCACUUUUAGGAUUUACUCUAAAGCAGACCCUGAUUAUUCUCUUACCAUUAGAGAUGGAGAAGUUGUUUUAUCCCGAUCUAAUGAAAACGACGAGUUUCAGCAUUGGAUCAAAGAUGAGCAGUUCAGUACAAGGGUUAAGGAUGAAACGGGUAUGCCUUCAUUUGCUCUGGUUAAUAAAGCUACGGGCCAGGCCAUUAAGCACUCCAUCGCUGAGACUAAUCCCGUUCGACUAGUUCCCUACAAUCCAAAUUAUCUCGAUCAGUCGGUCUUGUGGACAGAGAGCAAGGACUUGGGUAAUGGUUACAGAUGCAUAAGGAUGGUAAAUGAUAUCCAUUUGAAUAUCGAUGCUUUCAAGGGAGAUAAGCAAGAUGGAGGAGUACAUGAUGGAAACAUUAUCGUUCUCUGGGGAUGGAAGAAUGGAGAAAACCAGCUUUGGAAGAUCGUUCCCUACUAUUGAGGUGCGUGUUGGUUUCUAUACCUUUCUUAUUUGGAGCUUUAGAUGUUGCGGAAGAAGAAGAAUGUAUACUUUUAUGGGAAAGCUGCUUGCUCCUGUUCAAUAUAAAUAACUAAACUUCGAUCAACCACUAUCAAUCAAAUCAUACAUUGUAUUGCAUCUAUAGAGAGUGUUGCUUAAUGCUUAUUAUGCGUGGCUGUUUCUUAUUAUGCGUUGUAAUAACUUUCCAUUAUUGGGCCAGUGGAUUUGUAGUAUAUCAUGUUCUUGUAAUAUGUGUGUUUGUAUGGAUACGAUUGUGUUGCACAUGAGGUACCUAUGUAUGUGGUUUUUUUUCUUUUGA